GCCAAGCCCGAUGGGUACACCCUAAAGGCUUCAAGUGUAUUAAUAAGAUGAUCAAGAAAGUACAUCCCAUCAACACAUAUUUCUAAUCGACGACAUCUUCUCUUUUUACCCAACCGAUUAUCAAAGCAUAAACGAAUCGGAAUCAUAUAUCUUAUACUCCCAUGUUUAAAAUUCUCGAAACAAGUCGAUUUGUUCACAAUACCCAAUGAAGUGCAAGCCACCUACGUCUUGUACGCGGGACAAUAUUCAACCGCAUUAUUGAAGGUCUAGGAAAUUCUUUUUGUCAUCUCAUCAUGUUCUACACUUUCGCAUCAUCAUCCACUCCCGGCGAUUACUCAUCGCAGCGCAAACCUAAGAGAUCGAAAGUGCCCCGGGCCUGUAACUACUGCCGCCGGCAUCGGGUACGAUGUGACGCUGAAUCACCGUGCUCGCGAUGCGUAGCUAACAAGAUAGAAUGUGUGGUAUCACCCCCAAGCCACCGGCCGCUAGAAAGCCCUCAAGUGUCACAGAGUAAUUCCUCGCCCGCCCAAGAGGAAACCAUUGUCCCCUGCGCUCCAGUCUCUUCGCCAAUUCCCCCUCCAUCUAAGCCUGAUAAUCUGGACUCCACUGUUGGGUUUAUGUCCAAAAUUAAUGCUAUUUGCUCUGCUAUCUCUCAACUAUCAUCCGACACCAUAGAUGACUCACCACCGCCUUACCCAUCACCUGAUGGACAAUUAUUACUGAACGCGAGCAGAGGUUCUACGACCGUACUGUCAAAGUCACAGGUCGAGCAAUUGCUAGGAAUUUAUUGGAUGCGAUGUCAUUCUCUUGCUCCGAUCCUCGAUCGUGCUCAGGUGGAUGCACUCUUUCAAACAUUAUGGACUUCUGACGGAUCCGAGAUGCAGAGUUCGCCAUUAAUUGACGGCGUAAUCGCAGUGUGCUUGAAUUUCCUCGAUAACUCGGGAUUGAACCAACGGCUACUAGGCCUAAGGCGGGAGCAAGAGGAUCCUUCUCUCGCCUACUUCAGACGAUGUGUAGCUGCUACGAAUCAAUAUACCGCAUUUGCGGAGCCGACGUUAAAUUGUCUGCAGUGUUACAUACUCAUGACCAUGUACCUGCUCAACGCCGGCGAACACCAACCCGCAUAUAAUAUGAUUGGCUUAGCUCUGCGUAUUGCCCAAGCCCUCAAUCUCCAUCAUGGCGUACACGAUUCAGACACCGAUGUCAAUCUAGCCCACCGCAUUUGGUGGACCAUAGUUCACCUUAAUUAUCGAUGCGCGCGACUAUUGGGUCGUCCUAUUGGGGUACAGCUCGCUGAGACAAGUUGCCCACUCCCUUCUACUGUUGGAUUCGCUUACCAUACUCGGGCGAUUUCUCUCACCAAAGCUUCACUAUCCAUUGCGGAAGCCCUUUCUCGACACCCAACUCAGCCAAACGAGGACCGCGCCACACAGGUUAAAUCGCGCGCAUCUGCCCUUUCUGCGGAAGUUCACUGGCUACAAGAGUGGCGGGAUGAGCAAUUAUGCCCAGCUAUUAAGCGCCCGCUUCAUGUAGACGAUAGAGGGCCACAUGAAUGGAUUCUUCUCGCCGGUAACGCGAGUCCAUCACAUGUACUACACGAUGUCUUAUUAGAGCUGCACUAUUAUGACGAGAUUAUUGGAUUGCAUCGACCAUUUAUAGCCUUCCCAAACGGGCUACUAUACCCACAGACCAUCCCCCAAGCGAACGCCCACGCGACAACCGCUCUAAAGCACGCUCUAGCCUCGGUUGACUUAUCACAUCGCAUUAUGUCUACUACAGACGUCCUCUACGGGUGCAGCGAAGUCUAUCAAUGGGUGUGGAAUUCUCUCCUCACAUUGAUUGGUUUUGUCAUAGCACACCCGUUUUGCACGUACGCUCCGACCGCCCGCUACCAUACUCAGCUAGCCCUCGAAAUAUUCACCGCAGCAGAUGCGCGGAAUAUGGUAGCGGUCCGCGCCGCAGCGGUAACGCGUAGCCUCUGCGCCAAAGUAGACAGUCUAGUCCAGAUGCUAAAGCCCGAUGGAAACCGAGUAGCACCUCCAAAUGUAGAGAAAGCCACUGACGUACCCGAAACUCCAAAUACUCCUAUCGAUUUCUCGCAGUCCAAUAGCGAUGCGCUGUGGUCUUGGAUAGAAUCUACUGACCCUGAUAUGUGGACCGCCUACAGUGACGGAAUUACUGGUGUUUUAGCGGAUUUCCCCAAUCUUCCAUUUGACAACGAUGGUUUCCCUCUCCCAUAGAAUCAACUACAAUUGGCUGUUCUAUUUGGGUCUCAUAAAGCGAUAUCUUAGCUUAGAAGUCAUGAUAUACAGAUAGAAUUCAAAGGCCCUAAGUCAAUAUAUAUUGUAACCAUUGGCUUUCCAC